AUGAAAUCGCGCAAUAUUGCGGACCCAUGUUCCGAUCGUUAAAACUGGACUUGAGUUAUUCAGUCUUCAGUUUGCUGCCUAUCACACCGAUGAAAAUGUGUUUCGUAAAAUUCUAUACCAUUUGUGUUCUGUCCAUGAGCUUUAUAUUUUACCAUGGUGUUAAAGAAGUGAAUGGUGAGCGACUACAACGGAUGGUCAACGCCGAUGAUACCACAGUUGCAGAGUUUCCGUCAAAUGCUAUGAUUCAUUCUGUGUACAUCGAGAAUAACUGCAGUCAUGGUUCCUAUUGUGGUGGAUCACUUGUUACCCCUUCUCAUAUUCUUACUGCUGCGCAUUGUACCAUAGUCCACAAUCAAUCUGCGAGAUUUGUUUAUUACCGGCAUCCUAGCGAAAUGUUCGUUGUACUAGGGAUUAGUAGUAUGCAGGAAGCUGUGCAUCAUCACAUUGUACAGCGAAUAUAUAGACAUGAACAACACCACGGGCUUAACUAUCGCAAUCCUUGGUCAAGUUACGAUGUCGCCAUUCUCGAGUUACAGGAGCCAGUAGAUCUAGGUCCUACACUACAAAUUAUUAAUUUACCAUGCCACCCGCCAGACCUGGGUGAUCAAGGUAUACUGGUGGCAAGCGGAUGCUCACGUCUCAACCCCCCGUUAGUGGGGCAAUUGCAAAAAGCUGCAUUUAAAGUAGUAAACUGCGAUAAUUGGGUGGUAAUUGGUAUAAUUUGCAUCAGGAGCGAAAACACUAUAGUGAUGCCAGGUGACAGCGGGGGUGCUUUCAUCAUCAAUAAUCGCAUUGUCGGGAUAAUCGCAUCAGCACCAGGACACGGGGGGUAUUACAUUCUAACGGAUGUCUUUUACUAUUUCGAUUGGAUUGUGAAAAUCAUUGGCUUGCCCGAUGAAUUUGCUUUCCUGGCUGGUAACUGACGAGUGGGAAUGCAUACAAAUGAAAGAAAAGUCUGUCAAAAUGUGUCAACGAAAAAUUUGUAGAGAUACCUUGGAAAACAAAAAGUCGUUUUGAUUCUUCAUAUUUUGGUAUAUUGAAUGUUAACGGAAAGUUCUGUAUGAUGAGCAAAAAAUAGGUGAACUGUAACACUUACAAUUCAAAAUGAAUUCGAUUGGAAUGUUGUAAAAAAUUCAGUGAUAAACUGUAAACAAUGAA